GGACCCCCGGAAUUGGAUCGGGACCCCCCCCGGGAAACCCUGGAACCGGAUCGGGAGCCCCGGAACGGGAUCGGGACCCACGGAAUUGGAUCGGGACCCCCCCGGGAAACCCUGGAACCGGAUUGGGACCCCCGGAACCGGAUCGGGACCCGCGGAAUUGGAUCGGGACCCCCGGAAUGGGAUCAGGACCCCCCCCGGGAAACCCUGGAACCGGAUCGGGACCCCCGGAAUUGGAUCGGGACCCCCCCGGGAAACCCCAAAACCGGAUCGGGACCCACGGAAUGGGAUUGGGACCCCCAGAACGGGAUCGGGACCCCCCCGGGAAACCCCGGAACGGGAUCGGGACCCCCGGAACGGGAUCGGGACCCUCGGAAUUGGAUCGGGACCCCCCCGGGAAACCCCAGAACCGGAUUGGGAAUUAUGGAACCGGAUUGGGACCCCCGGAAUGGGAUUGGGACCCCCAAAAGGGGACUGGGACUCCCCCGGGAAACCCUGGAACUGGAUCGGGACCCCCGGAAUGGAUCGGGACCCCCGGGACUGGAUCGGGACCCCCAAAACGAGACCGGGACCCCCAAAAUGGGACUUGAACCCCCCCUGGGACCCCCAGAACCGGAUCGGGACCCCCGGGACUGGAUUGGGACCCCCCCGGGAAACCCCGGAACCGGAUCGAGAAUCCUGGAAUGGGAUCGGGACCCCAAAACGAGACUGGGACCUCCCCGGGAAUCCCCAGAACUGGAUUGGGAACCCCAGGACUGGAUCAGGACCCCCAGAAUUGGAUUGGGACCCCCAAAAUGAGACCAGGACCCCCCCCGGGAAACCCCGGAACUGGAUUGGGACCCCCGGAAUAGGAUCGGGACCCCCCAGAACCCCCAGAACGAGACCGGGACCACCUGGAU